GAUGUGCCUAUAAAUACGUUUAUUUUGUCCAUUAAAACUCUACUUAUCUUAAAUAUUCAUAGAAUAAUACAAACAUAAAGUUAUACCGCACAAUGAUGCAGCAUGUGAAAUCACAUACGAUGGUAGUUCUCCUGUUACUACUGAUUUGUUACACCGGUACUGUAGCUUACGGUAGCCUGGGUUUACAAAACUCCUUACGCUAGAAAGCUACUAGAGUACGGUAGGAUUUUUCUUUCAGGAGCUACCGUAACUUAUGGUAGCCCCUGGCAGACUAAGAGGUGCAGUAGGUCACGGAUUAAUAUAAAAAAUAAAAUAAUAGCAAAUCACGUGAUUCAUCCCCACCCAUUCGAUUUCCUGCAUUUAUCCCUAUCCACACAUUACCUUUUCACUAACCAUCUCUUUCACAUAACCCUAGUUCCUCCAUAACCUUCCACACCUUCAAUUCUUCAUAUCUCUCUCAAAUCUUAACCAAAUCCUCUGAUUUCGGGGUCUUUUUUGAGGGAAAUUUCAAGAGCUUUCUGAUUUUGGGUUGGAAUUUAGAAGAAAACAACAUUUUCUGGACUGAUUUGCAUGUUUUAAAGUCGAAAAUUUUGGGGUUUUAGGAGGUUACUUAUUUUUGAGGUUCCUUUGUAUCUUUGCAUCUAGAAACUCAAGGUAUGUGAUGUUUUCACUCUCUUUUUGAUGAUGCAUUAUGAAAUUGAGGGUUAAUGUUUCUACUUGUUAUAACACACACUUGCUUGUUCAUAGUUGAUGAUAUGAAAUUGUUAGUUUGGAAGAUGGCUAUGGUUGUAAAAGUUAAGUUGAUGCUAAAUUUCUGAAUUUUGGGAAAUCUUUACAUUGUAGAGGCAUCAUGCCAAAUUUUGAAAAAAUAUAAUAUGAAACCUUGUGUUUAUUGGCAUCUACAACCAUAGUUACAAGCAAUAUCUGGAUCCGACGGAUAAGCCGGUAUGGGAGGCAGGUCCAUUGGAUUGGAUGACCAACCGAUAGAGUGGCAACCAACUUUGUUUAAUGAUCGCAUGAACCGGUUGAAAGAUAAAGCGGCGGCAUUUAUUUGUGAGAAAGAAGUGAAGGAAGUGGAGUUUGGUCCCCUUAAUGUGUUUGCUCGGUUUCGAGCAUUGGGUUGGGAGGCGGCGUUGAAUUGUUAUGAUCGCGAUAACAAGAAUUUGUUUAAAAAUGAAAUCCAAGAGUGGAUGGCCACUCCCACAUGUCCCAAGUAUAACAAGCCACAACAAAUGAAACUAAUCGGCACAGUGAAUGGUAUAGAAGUUGAGAUGUCGUUUGACACUUUGAGGAAGUUGGCAAAGUUUGACAGUUUGCCCGCAAGAGACUAUAUGUUCCUAUCUCUCGACGAUUUGUUUCAUAAGCCGAAAGCCCAUCCACGAUGGAAUGAUAUGUUGGAAGCUUUAUUUCUAUCGGGUACUUACCAUGGCACACUUUAUAGGAAAACUCUGAAGAUUGAAGCCAAGUUGUUGCUCAUGAUUUGUAUUUACAAUGUGAUCACGAGGAGGGGGGAUAAGCAGGAAGUUAGAUUCCCUGAGGUGCCCGUUCUUUAUGCUUUGCUUCAUGGGUCACCCCGUUUUCCAUUCCGGUACUUGGUGAUUAUUAACGUGUGGAUAUGUCGGAACAAAGUUGGAAGGAGUAUUAUUCCCUAUUGCCGAAUAAUCACAAGAUUGCUCAAGAUGUACAAAGCUAUUACGCCGGAGGAUAAGGGUGCUAUGAAAAGACAUAGGCAUUUUGAUAUUCAAAGGAUGGGAAGUGGGUGGACUUAUGAUGAAUCUGAGAGAUAUUAUAAGUUGAAAUCUGAAGGUCAACGGUGGUGUGCGUUGAAGGUGGAUGCGAGAGCAUUGCAGCCGGGUGAGGAUGAUGAGCCCGAGAGUGAUGAUGAGCCCCGAAGUGGGGAUGAUGAUUAUGCUGAUGAGCCAAAUAUGGAACACAUGGAUGUUGUGACACCCCAGGAAAACCAGUAAGAUGCAACUUACCUAGCUUCCUCACAACUGCACAUGCUAAAUUUCGGGACGAAAUUUCUUUCAAGUUGGGGAUAAUGUGACAACUCGAGUUUCUAAGAUUCCAUCUUCGCACUGUUACAUGUUAAUUGUUAGAUUGUUUGUUGACACGAUUUGUUGUUUCACAACUGCACACGUUAUAAUAUGUUGAAUCAUACUGUGGUUGAUAUUUUAUAUAUGUUGGUGUACAUUAUAUAAGUGUGUAUGUGAUUUAUAUAUGUUUGAUGGGAUGUGUAUAACUAAUAAAACUAGAAUACAGACAAACAUUCCUCACGAAAACACUCCCACUUGAAAACACCCCCACCCACGAAAUCAUUCCGGAUGAAAACACUUGUGUUUUCGUCCAGCAUGUAAUCAACGAAAUCAGAUUGGGCUUUAGGCCCAGUAGUGGGUCAGUUAAUAUUGUUCGCAACCCUUACGUGAAACUUUUAUUUGGCAAACCCUAAUCACCUCGUCUCUCUCUCUCUCUCGCUGCCUUUGAAACCGAACGACAACCGUGAAAGGCUUGAGCCAUACAUCACUCGAAGUAUCAUCUUUUCUGCUUUGGUUAGUAAUCUGUUACUUAUGAUUUUGUUUUAUUGAAAUCAUGUGACUACUUGUUGACAUCACGAAUUAACAGUUAGUGAGUAAUGAUGAUGAGCAUGUGAUUUGAAUUAAUUUGUAUAUUAGGGGUCCAUAUAAUCUGAUGCAAUAUUAGUGGUGUGAUGCAUGUUGUCUACGUUCGAUUAAUGUCGGUAAUCUCGUUAUGAUGGUAGAUGUUAGAUAAUUAACAGAUUAGGAUUCUUUAUGCAUAUGUUGAUUACUGAAUGAUCAAAACAAUUUGCUAAUAUUGAGUAAUGAUUGAAUGACUAUAUGAUGGAGGUGAUGUAACUGUUAGAUGAUUGUUGAGAUUCUGUGAUCUUGUGUAACUGUGGUGAUGAUGAAACCCCCCCCCCCCCCCACGAAAUCCCUUUAUUCAACGAAAACACAUUAGUGUUUUCGGCAUUAAGUGUUUUUGGCCCAACAAGUGAUAUCGGCUCAAGGUGAUUUCGGCCCAAAGGGGUUUUCGCCCACUAAGCGAUUUCGUCUAAUGAACUGUGACUAGUAUGUUACUCGUUAACUCCAUUAGUGUUUAACUUUGUUAAUUAAACGUGUAACUCUGUUAAGCAUGUAAACCCCUGUUAAGUGGUUAAGUUGUUAACUUUAGUUGUUUACUAACUCAGUUAGCUAACUAACACAGUUAGUUUGUUAUCUCUGUUAUGUAUGCCAUCUCAGUUAAGUUUGUUAACCUUGUUAAGUAGGUUAAAGAGUAACCAUGUUAGAAUAAAUUAUGAAAGACCGUUAUGUGAAACAUGAAAUUGUAUGCACAUGAUUAACUGUUUGUGCUGCAUGAUGAUUAACUGUCCAACACACUCUGUGAUUUUACUGCGAUGCUAGUUACAUGUGAAACAUUACGAACGUGAACUGAUUGAGUACACGUGCACUAUAGGACGUGACUGAUUAUCUGUGAGCGUGUGUAUUUCUUUAACAAACCGAGCAAACCAAGGUGAGUUCACUGCAUUUCUCAAGCAUGCGUCCCGGUGGUUUGGGACAACUAGUAAACGUUUGAAAAGGGAAUCUUGGGUAAACAAUGUAAUUGAGUCUUGGUAUUUGCGUAUGGGAUCGAUCAUUACCAAUGCUUGGUUAAGGGCAUUGGGGACUGGACACACUCCAGGUUAUUGAGGGACACACUUCCCGGAUACAUAUGGGCACACUCCCUAGGGUAUCUCAACAAGUUAUAAACCGCAUCCUAUCACAUCGGGGAAUUAACCUAACAUAUAUCUGGUAACAAAACAUGUUAACUAACUUUGAACUCACCAGCGUCGUCUGACACACUUGUCUGCAUGCUUGCAGGUCGUUAGAAUACAAGACAUGGACUUGCUAUC